AUGUCGCACGAUAUGAGAUUUUUGCAACCAGAUGAAGAAACUCAUGUUGGUAGUGAAAGCGAUGGUACUUUAAAUGAUUCACCUAAGAGUGAAGUGGCAAUCAAGCGUGGUCUUUUCGCUAGAGCUUGGGAUAAAUUUGAUCAAAAAUUGGUCAAAGAAUUCUCACCUAUGUUCUUUGUUCAAGUUAUGGCUACUGGUAUUUCUUCUGCUAUUUUACAUAACUUCCCCUUCCCAAGUCAUUGGCUCAGGAUUUGUAGUUACAUAAUGUGGGGUUUAGGAAUCUUUUAUUUCCUUUUAGGUAAUGUUUGUCUUGUUUUAGGAUGUAUUAAGUAUAAAAAAUUUCAAGAAUUCCAUUUGAAUCCUAAAUUGGCUCCAUUCAUGGGAUGUUAUGCCAUGGGAUAUAAUUCCCUCGUUAAUGAAUUAUAUUUCAUUACAGGGAAAUCAUGGAUUAUUGGAAUUUUUGUACUUUGGUGGAUCUCAGUAUUCUUAUGUAUCUAUACAUCAUUCAUCAUUUUCUUUUUCACCUUUUUGAAUAAGACCAAGAAGUCCAAUCAUUUUCCUUUAGAUAAUUUCAAUGCCACUUUGUUAUUACCUAUCGUUGCAUUGACAGUUACUUCCUCAGCAGGAGAAAUCUUUGCUAUGGAUUUACCUAAUCAAACACUUCAAUUAAUUACCAUCUUUGUUAGUUAUAUACUAUGGUCUAUUGCCAUUGCUAUGUCAUUUGUGGUACUCACUAUGAUUUUCCAUAAAUAUGUGGUUCAUAAAAUCCCCAACACAACCAUCAUUUUCACCACAUUCAUUCCUAUUGGUUUCUUAGGUCAAGGUGCAUUUUCUGUUCUUCAAUUUGGUAAGAACAUCCAUGAAUGGGUCAACUUGAAUAAAGAUACAAUUCAAGCAUUACCUAUUGAUAUAGUAAAUGGGUUAGAUAACAGUUUACUUAUUUUCAGUUCAUUAUUUGGAUUAUUCCUUUUUUCAUUCGGUUAUUUUAAUACUUUUGUAGCUAUAGCCUCAGUAUUAUCCAAAAUCAUUACUGAAAACCCUAACCCUAUGCAUGCUGCUAAAUAUUCAGGUAAAAGAAGUGUUUUGAACGGUUUAAUUAGAUACAACAAAGGUUUUUGGGCCAUGACUUUCCCUCUUGGAACCAUGUCUAUCUCGAAUACCUUAUUUGGUAAUUUGUUUGAUAUACUCACAUUUAAAGUCAUAGGUGCUAUCUAUGGUGUUAGUACUGUGGUCAUCACCUUAGGUUGUGUAGUAGGAAGCUUAUAUCAUUUAUAUAACGACUUAUGUAGUUUAUAG